AUGGGUCCCUGUACGGCCUCCCAUUGCUGCUGUCUCCAUCGCCACACUCUGCCAUGUGCCACUUUCAGGUCUCCUCACACUCCUGCUGGUUUCCAUUUUGUCAUAGGUUGCUGUAUGGCCUCCCAUUGCUGCUGCCUCCACCGCCACACUGUGGCUCCAAACACUGGUUUUGGCCCCGUGACUGGCCAAAUGAGUGAAGUGUGCGGUGAUUCUAAGAUCGACGGCACUCAUCUGCAUGUCAUACUGACUGACAGUAUUAUUUCUCUUCCCCAGCAGACUCCAAGGGCAUUUAAAUUAAAGGUACAGUGUUCUGCACUAAUAUUA